AUGCCUGGUUUGGGCAAGAUGGGAGAGACUAAUCUAACUCCCUCCCAAAUCCAAUUGGGGUGGUCUGCCCCUUCUUCACGUACUCAUACUCCUGCACCUGUGGCUGUGCCACCUCAUGUAUAUUCCCUCAUGUCUUUUGAUCAAAUGUUGGAUUGCAAACUCCUUGAUAUGGUAGCACAGAAUAUGAUUGUAUUAAAAAAGGAAUUCUUGCAGUUGCAAGGAGCCUAUGAGGCACAAGGGGAUCAAUUAGCUCUAUUAAGGGCUGAAUUGGAAGAACAUUGCAAGCAAUUGCAUAAUCAACACAUUUUUUAUUCUAAUCAGAUCCAAGGAGCCGCUUCAUCCAUCCAGGCUGUACAGGAUCAGCUACUCCAUAUGACUACCAUUUGUCCCACAGCCCCACCUCCACCUCCUGGCACAGCCACCACCUCCAAUAUUCCUCCACCUACUUCUAGCUCCAAUCUAAAGUUUGCCAAGCCUAACAAGUUUAGCAGUAAAAAAGAAGAUGCCCUAAAUUUCAUCAUUGCUUGUCAGGCUUACAUAAGAGCAAAAGGAGCAAACUGUUCCCACAAGGAAAAGAUUUUGUGGGUCACAUCAUACUUUGAGGGUGCAGCUGAAGACUGGGUCCGUCCAUAUAAGGAAAGGAAGGUGUUCAGGGGAGAAGCAGUCCCCUUAUUGGAGGAUAUCAAUUUUUUCUGGGCUGAAUUUACCAAACAUUAUGUGGAUACUAAUUGCAAUGAGAAAUAUUGCCAAAAAUGGAACAACUUGCGGCAGAAAGCUUUGGUCCAGGAGUAUACUUGUGAAUUCCAACAGUACUCAGACAUCAUGCUCUCCACCAUGUUUCAAUGGCGUCGCGCCACGGCUCAGCAAGUCUAUGAUAAGGCAGAGGAGAUUGCAAAUCAUAUUGAAUCCACUCGCCUGUCUAAUCCGUUGGUUUCCACUAUUUGCGCCCCUGCCACUGCUGUCCCCACUUCUGCUUCCAGUCCCAGUCCCACUCCCACUUGUCUCAAUGUGGGAGAUAAUGUGUACAUGAUUGAUCCCACCACUCAUUGCGCCAAGAAAGGCGCUAUCACUUCCAUUGUUUGUACAACCUCUGGCAACAUGCCAAAUGUUAGGUGGAAUGGAGAAACCAAGGACACUAUGAUUCCCUUCCCAUCUCUAAAAAAGGAUGAGCGCCCUGCUGCCGCUGCCCCAGUAAAGCCUAUUGUUGCCCCUGUCCCUGUUUUAGCUUCAAAUUCUAAGGGCCCAGGCCCCAUGGACCUUGAUGGAAGGGGCUUUACAAAUCUCACCUGUCAUGUAUGCGGCGGUAAAGGCCACUUUGCACGCAAUUGUCCCUCAAAACCCAUGUCUGGACAUGUGGCUAACAUUGAAUGGUCUUGGGAAAGGCCUAAAGAAGAAAAUUGGAUUGAAGUUGUCUCUGAUGAGGAGGAGUUGGGAAAAGGAAAAGCCAAGGCCAACUAA